AUGCUGCUAGUGCUGGCCACGACUCUCCUCUCUUCCCUCUAUGGCUCGGUCGUUUCGGACUUCCCCUUCCGUAACGUCUCCUUACCCUGGGACGCCAGAGUAGCCGAUCUCGUGAACAGGCUUACCCUACAGGAGAUGAUGCUACAGAUGUCUCGGGGAGGGGUUGCGGACCACGGCGGUCCGGCCCCUGCCAUUGACCGUCUGCAGAUCAAGCCUUACUCCUGGAACACUGAAUGUUUACGGGGAGACGUGGGGGCCGGUCCGGCGACAGCGUUUCCUCAGGCGCUGGGGCUCGCCGCGUCAUUCAGUCCGUCGCUGAUACAGCGAGUUGCGGAAGCCACCUCUAUAGAGGUCCGGGCUAAGUUCAACGACUACAUGCAGAAAGAGCAAUAUGGUGAUCACAAAGGUGCUAGCUGCUUCAGCCCGGUCAUCAACAUCAUGAGACAUCCAUUGUGGGGCAGAAGUCAGGAGACCUAUGGGGAGGACCCUUUCCUGAGUGGCACUCUGGCUCAGCACUUUGUGUAUGGACUUCAGGGCAAUGAUAGUCGAUACAUCCGCGCUAAUGCCGGCUGUAAACAUUUCGACGUCCAUGGGGGGCCCGAAAAUGUACCAGUCUCAAGAUUUUCCUUUGAUUCCAAAGUGUCUGAGCGUGACUGGCGUCUGACGUUCUUGGCCCAGUUCCGAAUGUGUGUCGAGGCCGGUACCUACAACCUAAUGUGCAGUUAUAACAGUAUUAAUGGAGUUCCGGCGUGUGCCAACCACAAACUUCUCACCGAAAUACUGAGAGAGGAAUGGGGUUUCCGUGGUUACGUGAUCAGUGACCAAGGAGCGGUGGAGAACAUCAUCUCACAACAUCAUUAUGUCAGCAAUAACGUGGACGCCGCGACGGCCAUUGUAAACGCCGGCAUGAAUCUGGAGUUAUCCAACAACUUGGUUGAUCCCGUGAUGUUUGGAUUGGAGCAAGCAGUAUCUCAGGGUAAAGUCACCAUGGACACCGUAAAAGAACGAGUCAGCGCUCUUUUCUACACCAGAAUGAGACUGGGCGAGUUCGACCCUAAACUCAUGAACCCGUACGCCGACCUUAGUCUCGAGUCUAUUCAAAGUCCACAACACAGGGCUUUGUCUUUGGAGGCCACAUUAAAAUCGUUUGUGCUUUUGAAAAACGCAGACAACUUUCUGCCUAUGAAGAAAGGACAGUACGCAAAUAUUGGGGUAGUCGGACCAAUGGCAAACAAUGUAGGGCAGCAGUUUGGUGACUACUCCCCGGACGAGAAUCCGCAGUAUACGACAACUCCAUUGGACGGUUUAAAACAACUUGGUGGCGCUGUGACCUUUGCAGCUGGAUGUGAAACUACGAAAUGUACCAGUUAUAACUCUUCGGACGUGAAAAACACUGUCACCGGAAAAGACAUUGUGUUUGUUGUCCUUGGUACAGGCCGGUCUGUAGAGAGCGAAGGAAACGAUCGAGCCACCAUGGAUCUUCCGGGGCAGCAGGCACAGUUACUUCAGGACGCCAUUUCUAUGAGCAAUAGAACGCCAAUAGUUCUGAUCUUACUGAAUGCUGGACCUCUGGAAAUCUCGAUGGCGGACUCCAGCUCGAACAUCAAAGCUAUCCUGGAGGCUUUCUUCCCGGCACAGGCGGCAGGGGAGGCAAUCGCAAGAGUGUUGAUGAAUAACGGCGACUUUUCGAAUCCUGGAGGUCGAUUGCCUUACACGUGGUACCAGUCUUUGGAUCAGGUACCAUCAAUCACCAACUACACCAUGGCUGGGCGGACCUAUCGGUAUUUUACCGGUAAACCGUUGUACCCCUUUGGCUAUGGUCUGUCCUACACAAAUUUCGUGUACAAUUCACUUAUUCUGGGAAACAGAACUAUUUCCGCUGGUCAGUCCCAGACCGUCAGGGUCGUGGUCAAAAACGUGGGCACAGUCACUGGAGAUGAGGUAAUACAGGUGUACAUCCGCUGGGUGAAUCCCUCGUCCACCAUGCCUAAUAUACAGUUAGCCGGGGUUUACCGCACCACGCUUCUACCAAACCAAGACACGGCAUAUACAUUUGAAAUCCGUCCACAUCAAAUGGCCAUCUGGGACGACGAUAGAGGAUUUGUCGUAGAGCCAGGGAAUAUGAUGGUGUACGCAGGUGGACAACAGCCGGGCCAGUCUCGCUCUGUGGAUUCUAAUGUACUUACGUCAUCAUUUACUAUUGUUAACCAAAAAGUUCUUCGUGGAGUAAAGCUCGAGUAGAUUGAAUGUUUAUAAAUGUCCACCCAAAAUUAUCGCAGUGCGUGAUAUUUCAUUGAUAUUUAACGCAUCAUUAACAAUGCACAUUAGGAUAACAAAACAAUUAUAAAAACAAGUCUGGUCUUCACUUAUAUGAUCGCCUUGAAAGACUACAAAAUUUACCGUGUAUACACAGAAUAGAAUCGUUGCAUCAAUUCAAGAAAAGAAUUUUCCAAAGAAACAUUUCUUCUUCUAGAAACACACAUUGGGAGUGGCGAAGCUCCAUGGUAGAAAAUCUGCGUCAGGUUUUAUUAAAGCAACUCGCAUGGACAGUUGCAUUAGAAAAACCUCUUGGUUUUGGAAUUUGAUCUGUAUAUCACUCGUGGAAUAUAUUAAACAUCAUUAUGAAGUACUUCUCAUACAAUACACUACGCUAUAAGGUUACUUCGUGGAUACUUUAUAGCAGUUUAUUUGUUUGAUGGGUGUUUUACGACGUACUCAAGAAUAUUUCACUUAUGCGACGGCGGCCAGCAUUAUGGUGGGUGGAAACCGGGCUUUAAAGCAAUUAAUAUUAACAUUGCCAGUGUGAAUUCAUUAAGUCAUUGACAUCACAUGGUUGAUGGUUUUGUUAGCAAGACACGGGUCAGUUUCUUAUGAAAUCAUGCAGUGAGAAACCAUUACCUGCACUCAUCCAGGUUCC